AUGAUGUCUAUGAGUUUCGCGCCUGACGGCUUAGGUUCUGCGGAUGCGUCCAAAUCGGCGUUUUUAGAGCUCGGUCACGGGAUCCCCGCCAGCCAGCAGCACUUUUCGGGACUCGCGACGAACGUUUACCCCACGCACGGGCUGCACUCGGGCGGACACCCGCAGCACGAGAGUCCCUUUCCCUCCAGCGCUUGCCAUUACGGCGGGCCGCUCGGUUACGGCUACUCCUCGCCGCUCAACGCUCCAGCACCCGCUCCUACUUAUUUACCCUACCAACAGGGCAGCUACAGAAACCCACUGAGCCACACAAGGAAUGACGAGACCGAUCACGAGAAGCAGCCAGUGAUUGAGAACGGAGAGAUUCGUGUGAGUGGUAAAGGGAAGAAGAUGCGCAAACCGCGCACAAUCUACUCGAGUCUGCAGCUCGCCGCGCUGCAUCAGCGCUUCCAGCAGACCCAGUACCUCGCACUGCCCGAGAGAGCAGACCUGGCAGCCAAACUGGGCCUCACACAGACACAGGUGAAAAUAUGGUUUCAGAACAAGCGCUCCAAAUAUAAGAAGAUCAUGAAGCACGGCCCCACCGGACCUGAAGGAGAGCUGCAGACCGCCCGUGCGCAUGCGCAGUCACCCUGCUCUCCUGUGCUGCCACCUCUCUGGGACGUGCCGAUGGCAGGCAAAAGCAUGCACACACACCCUGGUGGCUACAUGAACAGUUUCGGCCAGUGGUACCCAUCAUCCCAGGACACUUUACCCAGACCCCAUAUGAUGUGACUCAAAUGUGUUUGCUGCCGACAUUCUACCGAUAUAGUGAUUAUACGAAAUAUGACAUAUUGUAUUAUAUAUGGAUACAACGUUGCGUCGGUAAUUUUCACUUUUCUGAGCGUUUGUGUUGGCCUACAUGUGAGAAUUCUUUCAUUAAAGUGUAAAUACGGUCGUGUAUUUAAAGGGGCUGUGACUUUAUCCUUGAACAGGUUUUGUUCAGUGCUUGUUGAUAUUAUUAGUCAUCAGUGCUUUUUGUUUUAUAUUCGGACUCCAUUCAUAUUUGUUUUGAAUUAAAGGACUGAUGAAAGGCUGCCAAACACUGUGUCGCCAUGCCAUUAAACGAAAUUGUUGUUGAAGAAAAUUCUGGAAGUAGACUAGACAAAAAAAAAAACAUAUUAAACUCGCGACACAAAAUGUACUUCAAUCCUAAUCAAUUCCCCUUUUUACUUUUGACUUUCAAUUCAUUUUUCAUUCUACUAUACAAUUGUCUACUAUUUCUACAGCAUUAUGAAGCAACACUUCAUAAUUCAGGUUAAAAUGGCUAAUUUUAUAUAAGCUCGAUAUUUUCUAUAUAUAAAAUUUGAGCUUAUUGGAGCUUUGUUUGGCUUAACAUUCGCUGCAUUUCUGUUUGUAAAAGCUUGACACGUUAUCAUUUAACCCUUUCAUGCAUAAAUUAUUUAAAAACAUAUCCAGAUUUUUUAUAUUUAUUUUUACAUAUAAUUGCAUGCCAUAUGAAUUUUGAGUUUUUCUAAAUGUCACAUAUUAAAAAAGUGAAUUGGCAA